AUGGCUAAACCACUAUUUUCCCUCUUCUCAUUGCUCUUCCUCAUAAUCGGCGUCUCAGCCCAAUUUCAAUUUUUCGAGCAAAUGUUCAACGGACAACAGCAGCAGCAGCAACGUCAACCACAAGAUGUACCUAGUGAUUCGCGAUGGUAUCAGGAUAAUUACGAUCGAGCCCACUGUACAUCCUACCUCUGCCCGGGCACCCUCUCCUGCGUCGCCUUCCCCCACCACUGCCCCUGCGCCCACCCUACCUACGAGGAGAAAUUCGAGCUCGCAGACGGAAACGCAAUCUGCAUAUCGAAAGGAGGGUUUAAGGCUGGGGAGGCAGCGAGGAAGGUGGAAUUGGCUAGGAAAGGGUUGAUUUGAUUUGAUUUGAUUCGAUUUGAUUCAGUUCGAUUCGGGGGGAGGGGGAAGGAGGAGGAGUUGACUUUAUCUUUUGACUUUUGAGUUUUUUUGCAUGGGAUUGGUUGCGUUAGGGGUGGAAGAUGCGUAGAAGAGGAACGAGAGGGUAGGGAGGUGGGAUAUCGAAGAAUGGCAAGAAAGCAAUGGAGUUCUUUUGGGGUGUUAUUCGGAGUGUGCAAGUGUCUAGAAUUGAGGAUGUGAUACAGAUGAAAAGAGGAGCAUGAAAAUAGUUGUGGGAAUGAAAACAAAAUGUGGAUUCACGUGUACAACACUGUACUGCGUUACUUUCCAUGGGAAAGGCCGCGGAUUUUAGGAGGAUUUCCAACCUACCAUCUACAGAGGGGAAGCUUACUACCCAAAUUUCAUGCACUCCAGCGCUUGUUUGUAUGAUAGUCAAGUAUUAGCGUCACACGGGAUAAUCGGUU